AUGGUUUUCUGCGCGUUGGCUCUGAUCAUCCCGAUGUUUCGUGGCCCCAUGUCCAGUCCGUAUGGGAUCUGGUGUGAGUUUGUGUGGGUAUUCGGACUCAUCGUGGCUGUGGUGGUCUUCGUUAUCGAGAAGUGUCUGGUGGAUAAACUGAUCGAGCUCCUUGUGCUGAAGCACUCUUGGAAUGAUCUCUCCUGCGGAUUGAACCUUCUGUCGUCCCUCAUGCUGUUGUCUGCGUGUCUCAUCUACUGCACCGUGUUUGUGUGCGCAACAUGCAUCGCAGACAUCAUCUGUGCUAUCGCCUCAAUCUUGGCGCUUGGUGUGUAUGUGGUGGACACCGUGAUGUUAAAACUCAAGUGUCCUGAAGGUUAUCUGUCCAGCCUACGAGGCAUCCUGCGCUUCAGCCAGGCAUUUGUAGCCUGCCUCAUCUUCACCGCGGUAUACAGCUACUUCAAAGGAGUGGAAAACCAGUUCCGGCCUGGCGGUUUGAUCUGGUGCAUUCUGGUCUACGUGGUGUGUUUCCCUCCAACCGUGGUGGUGAUCCCGUCACACCUGCAGAAGUGUGUGGAUCUGCUGCGAUGCUGCGAUCUCAAUAAGUUGGAGCUGGUGCUUGACGUCGUUGCCGUCGCUCUGUACGUCUCUGCUGCAAUCCUCUGGCCUGUGUUUGGCUAUAAAAACAAUAAAAGAGACUCCAAAACCCAAGAUUAUCGCUUUCAUGACCUUAAUUUGGUCACAGUCCUGACGUAUGUGAACUUGGGGCUUUACCUCGCAGACUUCAUUUGGACUUUGAUUGUACUUUGUAAAAAAAGGUAG